AGGGCGACGCUGCGACUUUUUCCUCGGGCCCGAUGUCUGUUAUUUAUUUCUUAAUUCCCAGCCUCAAGGAAAACUUCAGGAGCAGAUCGCCCGUUCUUUAAAAGUUCCUCCGCGGCUCGUGCGCCUUUUUGGGAACCGUUUGGAUAAUGAGUGGAUUCAGGAGGAUCCAGCAAAGAGCGGAGGAUUAAAAAAAAAAAGUUGGGGAGGAAACUUUGAAGCGGCCCGGAGAUUUUCUUCAGCAUGGAAAUAACUACUUCUUCAUCUAAAGACGGAAACACCCUGUCUGGAUUAUUGACAAAGGACCAUUUAUGCACCAGAAUAUAAGAAUAAUCACUUUACUAGUUUUAUUUCCCUGCAUAGCUGCGUCUCUAACUCGAACCCAAGAUGUCUUCCCCCGGCUGGAGCCCCAUUGUUGGGAUGCUCUGCGUCUGGGCUGCUGCUGCCUGGCUCCCGGGCUACGGGGCAGUGUUGUCUCCAAACGGGACAUUGUUCGAGGACCACUGCAAGAAGACCACGACCUGCGAGGCCCUGAAGUACAACACAUGCCUGGGGUCUCCUCUGCCCUACACCCACACCUCCCUGGCCCUGGCGGAGGACUCCACCACACAAGAGGAGGCUUUUGAGAAGCUGACCAUGUGGUCCGGUCUGAGGAACGCUCCUCGCUGUUGGUCGGUCAUCCAGCCGCUGCUCUGUGCCGUCUACAUGCCCAAGUGUGAGAACGGCCGGGUGGAGCUGCCCAGCCAGACCCUGUGUCAGGCCACGCGUCGGCCGUGCAGCAUCGUGGACCAGGAGCGAGGCUGGCCCAGCUUCCUCAAAUGUGACCAUUUCCCUCAGGGAUGCGCGAAUGAGGUGCAGAAGCUGAAGUUCAACACGUCGGGCCAGUGUGAAGCUCCUCUGGUGAAGACGGACAUUCAGUCGAGUUGGUACAAAGACGUGGAGGGCUGCGGCAUCCAGUGCGACAACCCUCUGUUCACCGUCAGCGAGCACAACGACAUGCACGUCUACAUCGCCUACUUCGGCACCAUCACGCUCCUCUGCACCUUCUUCACUCUGGCCACGUUUCUUGCUGAUUGGAAAAACUCCAACCGCUACCCAGCCGUCAUCCUCUUCUACAUCAACGCCUGCUUCUUCGUGGGCAGCAUCGGCUGGUUGGCCCAGUUCCUGGACGGAGCGCGGGAGGAGAUCGUGUGCAAGAGCGACAACACCAUGCGACUCGGGGAGCCAUCGUCUUCAGAGACGCUGUCAUGUGUCACCAUCUUCAUCAUCGUCUACUACUCCCUGAUGUCCGGCGUGAUCUGGUUCGUAAUGCUCACCUACGCCUGGCACACGUCCUUCAAAGCCCUGGGCACCACCCAGCAGCCGCUGUCCGGCAGAACCUCCUACUUCCACAUGGUCACCUGGUCCAUCCCCUUCGUCCUCACCGUGGCCAUCCUGGCUAUUGCUGAGGUGGAUGGGGACUCUGUGAGCGGGAUCUGUUUCGUGGGUUAUAAAAACUACAAAUACCGGGCCGGCUUCGUGCUCGCACCCAUCGGUGUCGUGCUUGUUGUCGGUGGCUACUUCCUGAUUCGGGGUGUCAUGACCUUGUUUUCCAUCAAGAGUAACCACCCAGGACUGUUGAGUGAGAAAGCGGCGAGCAAAAUCAACGAGACGAUGCUGAGACUCGGCAUAUUUGGUUUCCUGGCUUUCGGGUUUGUUCUGAUCACCUUUGGCUGCCACUUCUACGACUUCUUCAACCAGGCUGAGUGGGAGAGGAGCUUCAGAGAAUAUGUGCUGUGUGAAGCCAACGUGACGAUCGCCUCUCAGACCAACAAGCCGAUCCCAGAGUGCACCAUUAAAAACCGGCCGAGUCUAAUGGUGGAGAAAAUCAACCUGUUCUCCAUGUUCGGGACCGGAAUCGCUAUGAGCACCUGGGUCUGGACCAAGGCCACCAUCCUCAUCUGGAAACGCACCUGGUGCAAGAUUAUCGGCCGCAGCGACGACGAGCCCAAGAGGAUCAAGAAGAGCAAGAUGAUCGCCAAGGCGUUUGCGAUGAGGAAGGAGCUCCACAAGGACCCGGAGAAGGAGCUGUCGUUCAGCAUGCACACGGUGUCGCACGACGGGCCAGUGGCUGGAAUCAAUUUCGAAAUAAACGAGCCGUCCAAUGAAAUGUCAUCAGCUUGGGCGCAGCACGUGACCAAGAUCGUGGCCCGGCGAGGUGCCAUCCUGCCUCAGGACAUUUCUGUCACCCCCACAGGCACACCAGUGCCACCUCCAGAUGAGCGGAAUAGACUGUGGAUGGUGGAGGCCGAGAUUUCCCCUGAGAUGAUAAAGAGGAAGAAGAAGAAAAAGAAGAGGAAGAAGGAGAUGCGUCCAGUGAAGGAGGUGACGGAGCGCGAGUUGUGCCGCAGCACGGUGCCUCGUCUGCCCAAGCUGCCCUGCCACCCGAGCCUGGUCGCCAACCUGAAGGAGCAGCAGAAGCUGGAGGAGGAGGUCCUGCCGGGGUGCUACCCAGACUUCCCAUCCUCACACCCUCUGUCCUGUGAGGAGCGAUGCCGCUACCAGCCGUACCAGAGCAGCCAGAACAGCUACGGCCGCAGCCUUCUCUCUAAUCCUCUGACCUUCAACGAUCGUCCGGAGGAUCUGGGUCUCGGCCCCCGCUGCCCGCCCUCUGCCUCCAGCUGGCAGCCAAGCAGAGCUUCUCACUACCCCCGGGAGGUGCAUCUCACCGACGGGCUCUCAGAGAGGUUGGCCCAUGUGGCUCGGGUCCCGGCAGGCCGCAGGGUCAACUACGGGCCCAUCCACUCCCGGACCAAUUUGAUGGAGGCGGAGCUUAUGGACGCUGACUCUGACUUCUAAGACUUAAGCUCCGGUACCUUCUGGCUCUUUUGCGGUACACAGACAGUAAGCUAUGAAAAGUGCUGGAUACUUCUUAAUUCUUACUGAAGUGCACCAACACUCUGAUGUCCAGACGUCAAGACUGAACUGCCCUGGGCAUUUUUUUUCCUUUCGAAUUUUGUUGUUGUUCUUUUUUUUUUUUUAAGGAAAAGGAUAAAGUGAAAAAAUUAGUUGUGAAUAAGUUAAAGAGUAAUUUUUGUACUUUGUGUCCACUUAAAUUUCCAAGGCAACUUCAUGAUGAUGAGAAAUGAGGCAGCUAAACUGGUCGUGCCUUGAAACAAUAUAGAUUAUUAGUUUGAAAACCUAUGAGCUCAACAUUCAACCUAAAAUAUCGUCAUUGCCAUUUGACCCACUCGUCAAAAUUUUUAGAUCACAAUGAAAGGUGCUACAUUCUAUUCUUCUUCAGCUGUAAUCCUAGAAAACGUUCCCUUCAGAGUCAUAGUGCCGAAAACCUUGACUCAUACAUUAAACCACACAACUACAGGCUGCCUGCAAAUACUUUUGAACCCAGGUCUUCUCUUGUGUUAUAUGUUAAUGUUGGUUUGGCUCUUCCCAACACUAUUAACCCAAUAGUAAUAUGUGUUUAUGUACAGUUAACUGGAGGUUCUAACCGUUAUCCCCUGCUCUAUUAGGACUAAUAUCACUUCCGUUCACGUUCACUCAUACGCACACGGAACAGUUCACUUCCUACUGUGCGUGCGAGGAGGUAAAUUAAACAUUUGCUUACUGCGGCAAAGCAAAUCCGCUUCAACUUUGGAUAACUUUGAGCAACAAUAUUCAUCUAUAUGUGUGACAGUGUCCUCACAAUGUGGAUAUUUACAUCACUUUUCAUCAUUAUCGCCCAAAUUCAGCAAAGUAAUAGAAACAGGAUUUUAAUGUCAAUCAGCUCAUAGAACUAAAUGUUACCGAGUUAAGAUAAUUAGAAAUUAUCUGUUGCCUGGUGCAACAAACCGACACUUCAUGCAGUUCUCAUUUUGUUCUCAAUGCGAUCUUUUGUAUAUUACAGAAAAAACUUCAUUUUACAAUUAUUUUUAAAAAGUGUUAUUUUUUUACAGCAGUGUUUGUACGUUAGUUUCAUCUGUUGUAUAUAUUCAGUCUGAACUGGGCUUCAUGUGUUUCCUCUUCUCCUCAGUCCAGAUUUAAACUCCUCUGUCUUUUACACUGCAAUGGACAUGGACUUUUUUUUAUUAUCUGAACGAAAUGCUUUUUCUGUCGCUCAUUUUCCUAAAUGCAUUUUCUGUACAUAGGCUGUUCAUAGAUUUCUAAUUUGUACAAAUUUAUACAUCAAAUCUCUUGAUACUCUGCUGACACCAUGUAUAAAAAGGGAAGAGUCGAUUAUGCUAUAAAAAAAGUUUUCACUGUACUUGUGCUGUAACCAAAAUGUCCCCUUGUGUUGUCAUGUUACUCUCACUGUGGAGAAAUGAGGCUGAAGUAGACGGUGCUAGAUGCCUCUUAGCCAACGGAGAACCAGCUUUGUCGAAUAUGUCUUGUAUUUCAUGUGUAUGAGAGAGGAUUAUUUAUGUUCACAGUAGUCAACAAUGUAGUUUUGCAACAGAAACUCAGUAGAUCAUAAACCAAGGCCCAACUGUCCAGGAUCCAUUUGUUAUUCCCUUAAAAAAGUGGUGAGAAUGUUGAAAAUCUCACAUUGUUUGAAGGAAGUGGAAAAAAUGUCUGCAUCUGCCCCCUUCUUCCAUGACCCACAUCACAACUCUCCACCAAGUUUUGUGGAAAUCCAUUCAGUUUUUGUGUAAUCCUGGUAAAAAACAUACAAACCAACCAACACACAAACAGGUCAGGGAGGAAAAAACAUUAAGUCAUCAGCAGAGGUAAUAAAGCAAAGUCUGACCAAACAGCUCCUACAAAUACUAUUAAGAAAUCAAAUGAAAAUUGCCUUUGAGACUUUGUAUGUUUUUUUUCUAAGGCAUCAAGAGAUGUAUCAAUGGGCCAGUCUGUGUUGCUUUCUGUGUUCAAAAAAACCUUUAUUGUCAAUUUUACCGCGCAACUGUAUUUUUUGUUGUUUUUACGUAAAUAAAAUAAUCCUUCAUGUU